AUGCCGACCAACGACAGUAUCGCGCUUCACGGUUGGACUUCCGUUGUGAGAGACCAUCAAGCUAUCUUGUCUGGGAAGCCAAAUAUCAAUGAGCCGAGUACGCUCCUGGUUAAUGACAUCACGUUUCCAUCCGAUGAAGUCGUUGCCAAGGUCCGGAAGCAUGCCGAAGAGAAGCUACCCGCUCCCACAUUCAACCACUCCAUGAGAGUUUUCUACUUUGCCACCGCGAUAUUGGAUCAACAAUUUCCAGACCUGGCCAAAUCUCUUUCCCGUUCGACACUGGCCCUGACAGCUCUUCUCCACGACAUUGGAACCACUCACGAGAAUCUCCACGCCACUCAGAUGUCGUUCGAGUUCUACGGAGGGUUUCUAGCCCUCGAUCUCGUUGGUCAGAAACUCGGAGCUCCACAAUCCCAGGCAGAAGCCGUAGCUGAGGCUAUCAUCCGUCACCAAGAUCUGGGGUCAACCGGUACCAUCACCUUCCUGGGCCAGCUGAUUCAGCUCGCGACCGUCUACGAUAAUAUGGGCGACAACCCGGGAUUGAUCCAUUCAGAUACAAAGGUCGACGUCAAUAAGGCUUUUCCGAGGCUCGGUUGGAGCAAGUGCUUCAGCGCGACGAUCCGCGAGGAGGUUGGCCUGAAGCCGUGGGCUCAUACGACCCAUUUGGGGGAGGCGUUCCCUAGAGGAGUGGAAAAUAACAAGCUUAUGUCUGAGUUUGAGAACUGA